CUGGAACAACAAAGAAGCGUCUCAGCGCCUCUACCGCUGGCAGGUUCCUUCCCCCACCCCUCUGGCCUUCCCCAUCCGAUGGCUACUCCAGAGCCCCAGACAGCAAACGCUCCUCAGAUUCCAGAAAUCAGCAAAGAGCCAGCCGAACACCAUGGCUCGUUCCUCUCCACGCCGUCCACAGCCCCUUCGUCCACCAAGCACCGUGGGUCCACGCCCAUCAAUAAGCUGGCUCAGCCCGCCGAGGCCUACAAGGCCAUUGCGAGCGCCAAGACGAUAGAGAACAUCGGCACGAUGGAGACCAAGGGAGGCAGGGUCAACAUGGAACUGAUGGACUUUGACCACAUCGUUGUUGAGGAGGUGGAUCAGAUGGGGACCCUCUGGCGAACCAUUCUGUACGAGGAGUUUGGCAUCCCCAAGGACGAUGACCUCGACAAGGACUUCAGGACGCCAGACGUCUACUUCCACAAAAGUGUAAGCCUUACCCAUCCCUUUGUGUCUGUCUAUCUUGUCUUGUCUGUCUGUGGGUGUGCAGGCUCGUGGUGCUCUGAUAUGUGUGCGCGACGUGGCGACCGACAGCAUUGUGGGGACGAGCGGCAUCAAGCAUGGCGGCAACCCCAGCGACCCCAACGAGGCAGAGCUCACGCGGGUGUAUCUGUACGAGGCCUACCGCGGCUCAGGUGUGGGCAAGAGGAUGGUCAUCCUCUGCCUCGACCACGCCUGGGCCCUGGGGUACCGCAUCGUCACCCUCACCACAUCGUCGUGCCACGUCCCGGCAUUCAACCUCUACAGAAAACUGGGCUUCGAGCAGGUGACCUUCGAAGACAGAAAAGUCUUUCAAUGGAUCAUACAAUGUCUCCUUCGUCUGUGUACUUGAUGGCCGAUCAAUCAGAUGCCGCCUGACCGUCGUCGGCGAGGGUCUCAGUUCAUGGCGCUGGACUUGCAGCAGUUCGAGGCGCACCACCCCAAUGAGGACAAUGUGGAGGAGACAGGCACCAACGAAGAGUGGGUUGACACCGAGGCCGGCAAGACGUCAUUCCUCGACCUCGCUGAAGUCAUGGCCAAACUCAGGCUGCAGGAACAGGUCGGUAGAGCGUCAGAACAUGGAUGUACGUCAAGGACGACGUGGUAGAUUCACGUGUCAUUCAUUUUUCAGGAAGAGAGAGGGAAAGAGGAAGCGGCAGAGGACAACGAGGAGAACGAGGAAGAGGACCUGGUGGGAGGGGAGGCUAGUGGAUGAGCGGCCCAUACUCGUGGGGCGAAGCUUGUUGCAUCUAUGGUUGCGUGUCCGUACCGUCCCCGACACAGAUGUUGAUUGCGACGACGUGAGCGAAUCUAUUUAUAAGUAAAGUGUGACAGGGCGACAAAGGGAUGGGUGUGAGUCGGGGAAAUGUGUGAAUGGAUGUAUGAGAAAGAGGGAGGGAGAGAGGAGGCAGGGUGGUGAGGAAGAACACAGCCAAUAGGGCCGCGAAGCGCUGACUGCUUCUGACACCGUAAUUUCUAUUGCUCAUCGAUGGAUAAGGG